AUAAAAAAAAAAGCAAAAACAAAAGAGAGACGUUAGCUUAAUAUGUCAUGUCAUGUGCUCAUUGGCAGUUACCGUUUUCAAAAAUCCUCUCUUCAAAACUCAAAUUUACAGACAAAAAAAAUAGAAAUUUAGACCAAACCCAACCAAAUCUUAAUGCUCGCCGGAAUCAGACCAUGACCCACUUCAUUUUCCGUCAAUAUAAUCUUCUGGGUACCGUCAAAAUUUAAUCUUUCAAGAAUUUAACCUUCUGGGUAUAGAAAAUAAUUCAAUUUUUUUGGGUAAAAAUGGAGAGUUCUGUGAAAAAAAGUAGCAGCAGCAGUAGCAGUGGUGGAGUAUUUGAGAAGAAGAAAAAAAAUGGGACUGAGUCAGUUAGUGAGUCAAGAACCGAGUCAAACAGCAGUAGUACCAGUAGCAGUAGCUCCAGCUUUGAUUUAAUGUCAAAAUCUCCUUUAGGUUGGCCUAUAAAAAAAGCUGGUGAGUGUAAAAAAAGCUCAUUGAGUUCUGAAAAUCAAGAGAAGAUUACCCUUUCAGAUGAUUCCAAGUUCAAAAAACUUACCUCAAAGAUUUCAGAAAUGGAUAUGAUGAAGGAGAGAUUUGCAAAGCUGUUACUUGGUGAAGAUAUGUCAGGGUCUGGUAAAGGGGUUUGUACAGCUUUAGCACUAUCUAACUCCAUUACUAAUCUUUGUGUUACUAUUUUUGGGCAAUUAUGGAGACUUGAGCCAUUGUCUUGUGAGAAGAAAUCAAUGUGGAGAAGAGAGAUGGAUUGUCUUCUUUGUGUUGCUGAUCAUAUUGUUGAGUUGAUACCAUCUUGGCAAACUUUUCCUGAUGGUACUAAGCUUGAGGUUAUGACAUGCAGGCCAAGAUCAGAUCUUUUCAUGAAUCUGCCAGCUCUGCGUAAACUCGACAAUAUGAUUAUUGAAAUAUUAGAUAGUUUUGUGGAUACAGAGUUUUGGUAUGUUGAUCAAGGGAUUGUGGCACCAGAUGCAGAUGGAUCGACAUCAUUCCGCAGAACAAUGCAGAGGCAAGAGGAGAAGUGGUGGCUACCCGUACCCCGUAUCCCUGCCGGUGGUCUUAGUGACAAUUCAAGAAAGCAAUUGAGCCACACGCGUGAAUGCACGAAUCAAAUGCUAAAAGCUGCAAUGGCAAUCAAUAGCAUUACUUUGGCUGAAAUGGAAGUUCCUGAAUCAUACUUGGAAACACUUCCUAAGAACGGGAGGGCUUGUCUAGGAGACCUUAUAUACCGGUACAUUACUUCCGACCAGUUUACUUCUGAAUGCCUGCUUGAUUGCCUAGACCUGUCCGCUGAACAUGCCGCUCUAGAGAUAGCAAACCGUGUCGAAUCUGCAAUAUAUGUAUGGCGUAGGAGAGCUCAUUCAAAACCUCCAACCUAUUCAAAUCGAUCCACAACAAGGUCAUCAUGGGAUAUGGUCAAGGACUUCAUGGUCGAUGGAGAUAAGAGGGAAGUGCUUGCAGAUAGAGCAGAAAGUCUCCUGCUUUCGCUGAAGCAACGGUUCCCUAGUCUCAGCCAGACCGCAUUGGAUACGAGCAAAAUCCAAUUCAACAAAGAUGUUGGAAAAUCAAUCCUUGAAAGCUACUCAAGGGUUCUAGAGAGCUUGGCGUUCAACAUCGUGGCUCGUAUCGACGAUUUGUUAUACGUGGACGACUUAACUAAACAGUCCGAGAAAUUAUCAGUUUCGACAGUAAGUGUCAUUGCACACAAGAAAGUUACAAUCCCGUAUUCUGUGCCAUUCUCAGGCACUCCAUACAAAACAACAUUUAGCACACCAAGUUUUUCGCCUGCACCGCUUAUUAGUCCUGCGAGGGGAGAAAGAACUCCAUUCCUCCACAUCACCAACAACAUCAACAAGCCGAAUCGCCGCGGAUUUGGAGUGAAAAGAGUGCUGACAAAUUAUCUUGGUGUUGAUACAAAACCAAAGAUUUGCAGGGAUUCGGCUGAAGGAUCGUGUCCGACUCCGAAAACAAGUAGCACAGAAGGCCGAAGGAAUGAAAAUGGAAAUGCUCCUAAAACAUGUCAAAAUGCUCUAAAAUAUACUGUAACUUGAAGAAGAGUGGGAAGCUAAGAUAGUAUUAUUGAGCAAUAAAAUAGAUGAAAGGUAUAGAGUUUUAUUAAAUUAGGAUUUGUUAUGAUAGAAAAGCUUUUCUGAUGUAACACAUUAUUGUUGUUUGUUUAAUUUAUUGUUAGUUCAAUGUUCGAUUUUGUUUCUUGAU